AUGGCAGACUUCAGCUUUUUGGGUGAAGAGGUUCCUGCGGGAGCAGAAGCGGCCGCAGCCGACAAACAGAACAGUCGAGAAGAAGACAACAAGAAGGUUGUGCUGACCAUCACGCAAACAAAGUACCGGUGUCGGCCUCCUCCUGAAGGCGGGGAAUCUCCACCUGUCCCGUCUCCCACCGACAGCCACGCACCGAUGAAUCAGGAGACGCCGGCGAACUCAGGAUGGUGGAGGAACACGCAAGAAAUUUCGGAUGGCCAGGCGCCUGCCAACAAAGACUCUUCCCUGGACGUCGCCUUGCAAAUGCAGGUGGUGUCGAUGACGGCGCCGGUCGGCGCAGACCUUUUGGACGGCUUUCCUCUGUUUUCUAGUGGCAGCCUCGGCACCCUGGUGCCGCAGCAGUGGACGUACACCCCACAGCAGGGCGGUCCGCAGAUGUGUCGGUGUGUUCGGCAGUCCCUGUUCGUUUUCAAUCAAGAAGACCACGUCACCGCGGAGGCGCUGUGGCGAGUGAUUGAAUUUUGUGCGCAGCAGCGCGCCGCGACGCUCUUAGGCGCGAGCGCGUUUCUUGGAUCAGGGAGACUCUCCCCAAACCAUUCUUGCACAGAGAGUCCGGGGCGUGCAUCGCGGCGUGCACCUGGCGCACCCACGGACGCGUUGCCUGCAAACGCAUGGGGUGCGUGUCCACCUGGCGAGCCGUUUCUGGGAUCGGGUUCGCCGACGGCGGACGCGAGUGGACGCGCCUGGGUCCCGAGUGACGGGCGUGUCUCUGCAGAUGUCCCGCGGUGGCCAGUGCGCGGAGACGGCGGUCCGUCGCCACCCUUUCUGAAUUCUGCUCAAAGCCCCGAGCGGGAAACGAACGCGCCUCUCCAUCGCAGUUGUUCUCUAGCGCAUCCUCCCCUGAGCGCUGCCGAGAGUGUAAGCUCUCCGAUGGGUUUCGCGUCGCCUUCUGAGAGAAGAGCCGUCGAUCUUUCACGGGAAGAUUUGACUCGAAUGGGUGCGGCCGCCGCUUCUUUGGUGGGGACGCUCCCUGCGGAGAAACUCCUGCAAACCUACGCCAGCUGCUUGCUUCUCUCGCAGUCCCUGACGCGCGGAACUCAACAUGUGCGGACGCAGGCCGACAGCCGCGGGCAGGAGAGUGCGCAGCGAGGCCUGGGAGGGCAGAAAGCCUGGCGCGGCGGGUCGUUGGGGGCUGCGCACGCGCUGGGAGCUGCGGCCUCCGCCGCCGCCUUCCGCACGCUGCAGGAGGCGCUGGGAGAUCAACUCGUUCGAAAAAUCGAUGAAGUCCUUCUUCCGGCCUGCUGCUGCGUCGCGUACCGGUACGAUGACCCUCUUCUCAUGGACAGUUGCUACUGGCUCUUAAAACGCAUCCUUCUCGACAAGGGACUGCCUGCGGAAUGGAAAGAACCUUGGAAACCCACGGAAAGCGCGGAGAGAGAUUCCCGCGGCGGAUACGGAGCAGGAAACGGCGCCGGUGACGCGAACCCGGACGGCGCCCAAAGUUGGGGACCUGCAAAGGCGCGCGCGUCGAGUGCCCAAACGAAGGAAACGGGUGACUCGCAAGCUUCACGCGACUGGGACUGGUUGCCGCCUUCUGUCUUCCAGAAGUGCACGGGCAGGAAAAUGUGCUUCAGCGUUGCACGAGCUGUCCUGACGCACCUCACAUACAGUGUUCCUCUCCACAGUUUCUGGAGCGUCGUGGCAGACGAAACGUUCACCAAAAGCAAGUUUCUCGAAGAGCCCAAAGGGUAUUUGCACUGCGAGUUUCGCCGAGUUAGGAGCGCGACGCCUUCAACCUAUCCGCAUGUGUAUCUGCUCCUGGUGGACGCAGCGAGUUGUCGUCAGCUAGGUCUGAGUGAACAGGUUCUCUCCAGUCAGCGGUCCCAGGCGAAAGUGCUCCUCUUAUGUGGGAGACGGCAGUCUGAACAUUCCGCUGUGGAUUUCUUCAUUCCCUUCUGCUCUCUCAUCGGAGCGGCAGAGCCCUUUUGUCACGAAUCGGAGGCGGCCCAGCCGCCUGCGGGCUCCUCGAAGCUCCGGGAAAGCGCCGAUCCGGUCAUGCAGGCGUGCAACCAGAAACUGCUUGCAGUGGUGAGCGAGGCUCGCGUCUACGGCAAGGAAUUUCUCGGAACGCUCCACGGCAGCUUCUGGGGAACCAAGUUCUCGGUUACCAACUGGGGCCUGAAGCAAGGCUACAACCACCAGCUGGGGGCCUCAGCAGCAGCCGUGCUGGAGAAACGCACGUACGCGCGACUCUACCGAGUGUAUCGGGCGGAGUCUCCAGAAACCGCGGCUCUGCCGCCCUCAAGCGCCAGUGACCCCGCGCGCAUGCAGCUCCACUCCUCGCGUCGCGCGCACGAUUUUCCGGGGGCCUGGACGGGGCAGCAGGAGCGUGAUCCCAGCCCGUGGGGAGGUAUGCGCGCAGAAAUCGACUGGCAGAGGAAAAAGUGCGACAAGCUCAGUCCUGUCAAGUACUGGGAAGUGCCCUACGAGGAGGCCCUCGAACAGGAAGGGAAUCCCUGUGAGCAGGGCGGUCGGUGUCAGCCUCAACGGGAGAAAAUGAAGUGGAAAGAGGACUGUUUGUUUUUCGCCAGCUGUCAACGCAGCCCCACUGGAGUGGACGCGGCGGAGGGAGAAGUUGUCGAAGUGGUCUCAGCAGAUGGUGUCGGCGGCUCAGGCCGCGAGAAAUCGACGCGGCGUUCCAGCGUGGAAGACAGAGAAAACCCGAACGGAGCGACUGGGCCAGAAGGCGCUGACCCAAUUAGCGUCCUGCCCCACAGUGAAGAGGAGGAGCCGUGCACGAUCCAUUUCGAGCGCAACCUUCGUGGAGAUAUGCCCCGUCAAAUGCGGGUCCGCCUGAACAGGCACGGAGGUGCCUACACUCUACAGAACGUGAAGGCCAAGUGGGACGAGUCUCUACAAGCCUAUUCACUACCGUUCUUCGGCAGGGCCAAAGUCGCUUCAGCCAAAAACCUGCAGCUCAUUCCCUGUUCAGGCUCCGGUCCGAGCAGACGAUCUGCAGGACGAAACGAUAAACGGCAACGAGGCGAAGAUUCCACGGACGACGAAGACCAAAGCUCCAUUUAUUUCAUGAUGGGGAAAAUGUCCAAAGAUGUGUUUGCUCUUGAUUUUCGGGCACCCGUUCGCCUGUUUGAAGCGUUUGCCAUCGCUGCGGCGACGAUGGCGAAGAAACGAGCGGUUACCUAG